GUGUCUGCAAAGCGAACGUUGUUUUCUCUUUCCUAUUCUGUAGCUGAAGUUCAGCAGCUAAAUUCGUACCAAUGUUAUCACAUCAAUAUUCCCCCAAAAUUGAUUUCAAUAAGUAACCUUUAUUAUGUAAUAUUUGUUAAAAACAUUUAAUAUGGCUCAGGUACUACUUGAUCGAGCUAAUAAUCGAAGAUCUAGUGUUAAAGAACUUUUAUCUAAUACAUUUGAAACUGUUGGUAAUAAUAAUUUGGUAUCUGUCUUGAGCAAAUUAAGACGGAGAAAAGAAACAUCAAAAAAUAAUCCAGUUCAUCAUUCAUCAAAAGACCAGUCUCUAACACCUGAAUUAUCAAGAGAAAACCAAACUAUUGAUAUCAUAAACCUUGACGAUAGCAGAUCGUGUGAUGAUCCAGAAUAUACUCAAAAUGAGGAGGAUGACUUGCCAUCUGUUGAUAUUAUAGAAGAGACAAAAAAUGACAUGAAAGGAUUUGCUUGUACAGUUUGCGGACAUGUGACAUCAAGUUCACAAAGGUUGAGGGAACAUUUAAGCCGUCAUACUGGCAUAAAGCAUCUCGAGUGUGAAAUCUGUGGGAAAAAAUUUGCAUGGCGAUACUCUUACCGAAGUCAUAUGGUUUCUCAUAUGGAAGAUAAUCCUAAUAAAUGUACAGUAUGUGGCAAAAGAUAUUGUAAUAAGUCAGCCGUGAAGAACCAUAUGCUAAGAAUACAUGGGAAUCCUAGCAAAGACUUUAAAUGUGAGAAAUGUGACAAAAGAUUUGUGACAGAAGCCGAGCUUAAGAGACAUGGUUUUAACCAUACGAAGGAAAAGUCCUUUGUAUGUGAAUAUUGUGGAAAUGCAUAUCGAUAUAAAGGAGCUUUAUUAGUGCAUUACAGAAUUCAUUCUGGUGAAAAGCCUUAUAAAUGUGGAUUUUGCGAUAAAGCAUUUAUACAUUUAUCUUCAGCAAUUGGUCACCGUCGGAGACACACUGGAGAAAUGCCUUAUCAAUGCAAAGAAUGUGGGAAAACAUUCAGAGUCAAAAGGGCAAUGACUGCUCAUAUGUCUGUGCAUAAUGACAAAAGACAAUUCAAAUGUAAUGAGUGUGGCAAAGGUUUUAAAUCCAGAAGUGGAUAUCGUGUUCAUUUAGAUUUUCACCUUGGUGUUAAGAGGCAUGCAUGUAAAUACUGUGGCCGAACCUUCCGAGCUUGGUGUAAUAUGCACAAACAUGUGAGAAGGCACCUGGGAGAAAAGCCUCAUAAAUGUGAAUUAUGUGGUAAAACAUUUAUUGAAAAACAAGAAUUAAAAAAUCACAUGAAAAGUCAUAAAGAAAAAAAUCAGAAAUCAAAAAAUGUAAAAUCUGCUGGAAAUACUUGUGAAAGUAAUUGUGCUGAAAUCCUACCUCCCCCAUCAAUGACUUGCUCUUCUGCAAGUAUCAGCUCUUCAAAUUUCACUGGUACACAACAUGCAAGUGAAAUAAUACCUCAUAUUGACAUUUCUGACAGUCAACCAGUAAUGUAUGAUUGCAAUCUUCCAAGUUCCUUAGAUAAAAACUCCCCUGAAAAAUGUCAGUUACUUCAGGAUAAUUUUGUAUCUCAGUUUUUGUAUUCUCAACAGUCUUCUGUACAAUAUUCUUCUCAGUCUUCAUCUGUUCUAAAUAUGUAUCCUUCGAUUGAAUCUGGGCAAACAUCAUCGAAUAGAUCCGCAUUCAUUACCAAUAUGAAUUCCACUAAUUUUAACUGUGUGUCAUUAAAUAACCAAAAUUACAAUACAUUUUCAUAUGGUCUUCCAAAUUCAGAUAGUAUUUUGUCAAAAUGUAAACUGUGUCGUAGUCUUUUUAAUUCUAUUUUGUUAUUGCGAAGUCAUUUGUUAGAUUAUCAUAGAAUUGAAGAAGAGCACAUUGAUGAGUUAAUGGCAUAAAUUCUGUAGAAGUUAUGAAAUAUGAAAGGCCAGCCACUAAAGAUAUUUGUUUUUCCAGAACAGUAAAAGUUGAGUUUAUUUUAAACUCCAUCUCUUAAAAUGAAAAUUAAUAUAAUGUAUAAGACCAGGGAUGAAAAAUCUAAAAUGUUUGGUUUUGCCAAACAAAGUAGAAGCUGAGUUUUAGUCUUUCCCCAAAUAAACUGUAAAUGCAUAUAUAAAUGCAAAAUGCUUCAACUUUAAUGGAAAAAAAUUAUGAAAUCGAGGCUGAAUUGUGAUUUUAAGAUAAAUUCCACAUAAAAUUGUUUGUGUUUGAAGAAAGAAAAUUUUUUAACAAAACUACAUCCAGGAAAUUCAUCCAAAAAUGAAUGCUCAGCUAGGCAACAUUAAGUUUUUAAAUAAUGUUAAUAAAGAAUGUACUUUAGAAUUUAUUUCUCUUUUAUAUAUAAGAAAUUACAUAAGUGAAUAUUUCAUGUCAAAAAGUAAUAAAAUUAUUUCUGACAUACUUUAAAGUUAAGUCAGAAAUAUGGCCACAUAUUAGAAAUAAAUGGGUGCAUCCUGGAAAGACUGCUCAAUAUCAGAUAUUAAACAAAUUAUAUUAAUUAGUAGGAGUUAGCAUUGUAUGUCUUUUAUAGCCAUAUUAUUUGCAUAUUAACUUUGUUAAAUAUUGCAUAUCAUAUAAAUAAAUAGGUAAACAUAAUCAUUACAUUUGAUCAUAAACUUUGAAUUAGAAAUCCAUGUAAAAACAAAUAAGAAUUAUAUUAUAGAGUCCCAAUUCAGUUUUCCUUGGUCUGUUCCAGGCAGGGCCUAACUGUAGCUUGCAAACCUCAUGAGAUUCUUUCAUUCCUUAAAUGCAACUCCACUGCAACAAGCAGUAAUUUUAUUUUUGAAAUGCAGUUGCAUUUUCAAAUAGAAACCAUGCAACAACAAGUUUCUUUAUUAAUUAGUAAUGUAAUUUCUUAAUUUAUACUAUGUGUUUAAUAAUUUAAUCCAUUUCAAACUGUGUAUUGUCCCCUAAUUAUCAGAACAACAAACACAGUUGCAAGUAAUUGCAUUUCUAUGAAUUACUGGGUUCCCUGACAAAAGCCCAGUGGACAAAAUCACAUGCAAAAAAAGCCCACCAAAAAACCCCACUGUGGUAAUUGCCCACACAACAAAUACCCAUACCGAUAAAAAGGUGCAUGGAUACAUAAUUUUUAUCACUAUAAAAUGUAUACAUGAUUGUAAUUAUAGUAGAUAGAGUAUUUAGAUUUGAUUUUCAACGUCUCAAAAAUAUAUCUGCUUGUAUAUUUUAUCAUAACUUUAUUUGUUAAUUUUUUUAUGUAGCAAACAAACUUUCUGCUUUCUAAUUAGGUAAUCAGCUAUAAUGUUUCGAUGAUAAAACUGAAUAUGUA